CAACCUAGAAUUUUCUAGUUUAAUUUGUGCUGCUCUUCCCACUCUGUGUGGGCGGUACAGAGGCAGAACUGAAAUCGAGAGAGGUGGCCUGCUUACCUGGCUUGAGUGGCUCUUUGCUCCUGCGCUAUUAUUUGUGGAGGGGUGCUGAGGGCUGUGCUGCAGCAUUACGCAGUUCUUCACACAUCUGUGGAAAAACACCUACGUUCAAGGUGACAUUACCUCACCCAGUCACCAGUAGUAGUGUUUAGUGUUGGAACACUAGAAGGUUGCAAACAUUUUGUUCAUGAAAAGUAUAGAUGUCACCAGUUACUAGAAAUGAUCUAUGCUAUAUAUGUUAAUAGUAAUGAUUUUCUGUGAUACCAGGUAUGUUUUGAUAAUAAAAAUGUUUUAUAUUAAUUUUAAAAAGCAACAGUACCAAAUGUUAUUACUAGAAGAGGCUCUGGGUAUUCUUCACUUUGCCUUAUUUGAGAAAACAUACAAACAUAAUGCAGUUUGUUAAAUAUGCAGGAUGGUCACUGCCUCAUUAUUGCGAAUCUUUGAGGUGGUAGAAUUUCUGCUGUUUGUCCACAAGUGUUGCAUUGUGGAGCUGCUGGUGAAUGCUUCAGCCUAGCUUCUUGGAGCCCCUCCCCUGCCAUUUAUUGUGUGUGAUCUAUAGGCAGCUAGAGAUCUGUGGUACUUGAUUGGGAUCUUUUUAAUCUUUCUGUCUUUUCCCUUUGGUCUUUGCUCUUUCUUUCUAACGUUGUUUUUGCAUUGCAUGUGUUAACUUGGUAGCAUUGAGUACUAUUUCCUCUCAACACACUCCUAAUGUCCUAAUCACUACUUGAGUUUCCCCUCCCAGACUCAUUACUUCCAUGUGUCCUGCUCCUUUCAGUCCUCCUUUCUUCUUCUGCUUAUCAAACCCUUGUCCCAGACCGAUAUGCAGUGGGCAACCUCAGAGCUCGCAAACUACAUUACACAUAGGACUUGUCAUGUACAUAGGCCACACUGAAGAUUAAUUUGUCGGUUUAAAAAUGUUUCUAUAUUUCUUUUUACCCAGACAGCAGUCCUUACAAAUUUUCUCAUAAACCUAUUAAAGUUCAGUAAGGCAUGGUAAUGUUGACCAUAACCACUAAGGCAUUAAGUAUAUUAGCUGUUGCUAAAUUUUGUGUAGCCUUUUAAUUUCAGCCAGACAUAAUUUGAUGAAUUUCCUAUGACCAGUUAGAUGGGAAGAAGGGACACAUUUAAAAUCCUCAACCACAUUUUUCCAAUGCUGUAGGCUCUUUGUUUACCACCAGUCUUAAACCAGUGAGAGUAGAAAUAAAUAAAUUAACUCAAACAAGUGAUCACAUAGUUCAAACUAAGUAGAAGAGGUUCUUGUCUGUUUCAUUAAAAACAAAACUUGGCAAUCCCGCAUAUGUGGGCCUUUAGUGUCCUCACUGAAUCGUCAGAAUUAAGAGGUAAGUAUGUGUUUUUGAGUCAUUUAAGAAUGGUGUCAAGUGCACUACACUUUUCCUUUCCUCAUUACUCACCGUGGCUUUAUUGUUUUGUAGUCUUAACUCAGUUGAUUAAAUUGACAUUUUGAACAUCGGUGUACACUUAAUAAAUGAUCAUUAGAAUCUAACAUUUUUUACUAGGAGGGAGUCGUGAGUUUGAAUCUGGUCACACCUAUAGUAGGUGAGAUUGACCAGGAAAGUACCAGCCACCAAACACAAGGGAGCUGCAAGAGUUUCUGAGAACCAGCAGAGCGAGCGCCUGUCAGCAACCAGCACUGUCCAAAAGACUUUCCUCAGGGAAGCAAGAAAAAAAAAAAAAAAAAAAAAAAGGGAAGCAAGAAAGGAUGAUUAGUAUUUGCAGCCGCCCACAUUUUCCAAGACAGUUUCUUAAGAAGUCUGUCGUCACAAUAUCGGAUCUGUUUAGGACCAGUCAACCAAAAUAACUUGCACACUGGAUUUGGCACGUUACAUGGAUUUGUAUGCCUGUUCCACAGCACUUGCUCUUUUGUAACGUAACCUAGAGGAAUCUCCUAGAGGCACACACACACACACACACACACACACACACACACACACACACACACACAUAUAUAUAUAAAAUCAGCGUAUAAGCUGAAGCAGCAAGACUCCUAAUUACUCUGAGGUUUUUAGGUGGGGUCCCCUGCAUAUCCCUUCCCUUACCCAAACCUUUUGCCAUGCACUGUGCUGAUUGAUGGCACAAUGCGAAACCUUGAAAAGCACUCCCUCUUGUAGAUCUCUUUUGUUUGGAUAACAUUUCAAUUUUUUCUUUCUUCUGUAUUAACAGUCAGUUGGUGGAUUUGUUGACAUGCCUACCUUUUCUGUUUGUAUACAGUGUUAUAUUUGUUUAAAAGCAGAGAAACAUUUGCAUUUUUUAAGAACUAGAGAAGCUAGCAGAUUUGCAGUUGAAAGCGUUUGGCCGGUUUCUUACGUUGUGUCACGUGUGACUGUUUUUUUGACAGCCCAGUAUUUUAAAGCCAGGACAACAUUGGACACCGGUUACUUCAGAAACAUGGCUGGAAGUUGGGACAAGGUCUUGGCAAAACCAUGCAGGCGAUAUGAUCCUGCCCAUGUUGUGCUGAUGGUAAACUUAGUGGUAAAUGUUAUUUUAUCCCCCAAUUGAAUUGUUUUUAUUUUACUUUAAUUUCUCCCAUUUCUUUUGUUUUCCUCUCAUCAGAACACCAAUGCUACAUAGGCUUUCAAUUCUCUUUGUAUUAGUCCUCAUUCUGCUGCUUGUAUAUUAUCAUGCAUAAAUGUUACUCUUAGAACAUUGUCAUUUUGUUUGUUUUCAGUUUUUUUAAAAACCUUGUGAUUCACACCCUGUGAUUUAGAUGCACAUUGUUUUUGUCUGGUCCCUUUCUUUUCCACUGGAAUGGAAGUGUUGUCACGCUGUUUAAAGGUUGAUUGAUUAUAGUUUGGGAUGACUGUAAUUGUUUAUUAAUCUUCGAUUCUGGACCUUGCUUGUGACUCGGUUCAGGGAGACCACUGCAGUGGCUGACUAACACACCAAUCCCCAUUUGUGGUUUCACUUCUCUACCACAGUAGGGCUCAGAGCACAAAUACAAAUCUAUCAGUAGUUUGUCUGGUGAGGUACAAAUUUCACAAUCAGCCCUUUCCUCUCACUUCCGCUGAAUAACAUUUUCAAAACCAUGCAAUUGGAGUCAGGUUUCAGUUGAAAGCCCCAGCUGACAGACACUGCAGUGGAUCUGAGAGUCCAGGCUGGCCAUUAAAUGUUACAGUGCCCAUCUAUCUGUGAAUUCACAAUUAAUGUCAUUGGGCUGUGAUGGCUACGUUUCUCAAGGGAACCCCUGGAAUGUCAGAUAAACAUAAGAGAUAUUUAUAUUCUAUCUUUCUCUUACCUUCCUCUGGCUAUUAAGGUAAGAAUGUACAGUACCAGGACGUAGCCCACAUUUCAACAACUAAAUCAAUAUGUUAAAGAAAAGCCUUCAAAUGCAAUGAUAUUUAAGGCAAUAUUAGGAUCUGCAGCCUGGGACAGUGGACAUGUAUAGACUUCUGUUUUACCUUCUAUUAGAGGGUCACUCUAUUAGUGAAUUUAAUUGGCUCUAGAUGAGGCAACAAUAGUGAACCUUUGAUUGAUUACCUACUCAUAGUUUUUCUAUAUGCCCAAUGGGAUAUAUAGAAUAUUAUGUAUGGGGUAAAAGCUAACUUUAAUGUGUGGGAGAAAAAAAACUGAAACCAAACUGAAUUGAUAAUAACUAUCAGUAAGAUGGAUUAUUGUAUCUGGCUGGCAACAGGAGCAGCAGACUAGUCCAAAUUCGUCUUAUGCUUUUUUGUUUUGAGAAUCCUUUGUCUGUCUGUCUGUCCUACCCUCCCUUCUCUUUCUACCCAUACCCAUGUUUUACCAGGUAAGUAUCCCCAUCCCUUGCACUGUCACCAUGGCGAUUCCUGGCCUGUGACAAUACUCUGCUGUAGUUCAGUGCUUGUGUCCUUUUUUUGUUUUUAAUUUUUACUCUGUCUUUCUCUCUGCUUUGUUUGGCUGAUUAUGAGUGGAUUAAGCAAUUCUGUGUCAAUCUCCAAAGUAGUUUUGAUUUUUUAUAUAUUUUAUAUCUUUAAUGUUUCAUUCUGUUUUUGGUUGUCUUUGGUUUGUUUAUUUUCUACAGUUAAUUUCCUUCUGGUCUAGCUCUUUUCACAGCUUACAUAAUGUAGUUUAAGUAGAAAGUGGAAAAUAAUCUUUCAGUUCCAGUCUUCAUAAGGAAGGGGGCCUGGGACAAGGAAACAUAUUUGGACUUCAGGAAAGUGAAAGGGGCUUGCAAAGGUCAGUCAGUCUGCAGGGGGUUCGGAAAGAGAUGAUGCAAUAGGACUUAGCUAAUGUUGGAAGGCUUUGUUGUCCUCAUGGGAUGAUGUCGCAGUGGAACAACGCAGUGAGCUGUGGCAACUGCGCAGGCCUGUUGCAAGUCCCUUCACACGGUCCUUCAUGCUGUAGUGUCCUUUUGAAAACUUGGCAUUCUGGUUUAGCCAGUCUGCAGCAGUGAAAAAGGUGGAGGAGGGGUAGUGGACAAGGCAAUGACACUGAAAGAAUAUAGAAACAGACUUAAACAAUGCUGUUUCAGCUUUUUAAAAAAAAAUGUUACUCCUGUAAAACCAUUCAUAUGCUUUUGACUUAAUUUCACAACUGGUAAAACAAUAGACGUAGCUAAGUUGACAAAUAACAUUAAGCAGCCAGGUCACAUGCCACAAGAAGACCAAAUGGGCUGCAGUAAGCUGUGAGAAUGGCUGGUGUUUGGUUCACUGUAGCUUUCUGGUCUCUUUGCACUUCGAGGCAAAAUUCUCUAACCCCAGCACCCUAUGCUCUAAAAGCAGGCUGUCUUCGAGCUAGCCCUUGGUUCAAGAUGUAAAAACUCACUUACUCCUCUCUCUGUCUCUUUUCCUCCAGGACGCACCGAUCCAGUGCCAAUUAUCCUCAAAUAUGAUGUCAUGGGAAUGGGGCGGAUGGAGAUGGAGCUGGACUAUGCAGAGGAUGCCACAGAGAAAAGAAGAGUUCUUGAGGUGGAAAAGGAAGAUACAGAAGAACUGCGGCAAAAAUACAAGGACCAGAUGGAAAAAGAGAAAGCCAUUGCAAAAGCUCUGGAAGACCUGAGAGCCAAUUUCUACUGUGAGCUAUGUGAUAAGCAGUACACCAAACACCAGGAGUUUGACAACCAUAUUAACUCUUACGACCAUGCUCAUAAGCAGAGACUUAAAGAGUUAAAGCAGAGAGAGUUUGCUCGUAACGUGUCGUCACGCUCUCGUAAAGAUGGAAAGAAGCAAGAAAAGAUGCUGCGUCGACUUCAUGAGCUGGCUGAGCAAAGGAAACAGCAGGACCACACUCCAGGAAGUGGACCCAUGUUCAAAACCACCACAGUGGCUGUGGAUGGAGAAAAGGGAGAAGAUGGUGACCACCUGACAACUGAAAAUCCUGCGUUAACGGAGAGUUUCUAUGAAGCACCACAGACAGAAAAAACUGAGCAGGCCUCCCCAAAGCCUAGCCCCGCCAUCAGCUUCUCACUAGGGAAGAACACCUCCUCCUCCCCAACCCCGAGCAGUGGAUCCAAAGUCAGCGUGUCCUUCUCCUUUGCCAAGAAAGCUCCGGUAAAGCUAGAGACUGCAGCUGCUGUAUUCGCUGAUCACGGAGAAGAGGCUAUGGAGGAGGAAGAAGUCCAGGAUGGAGAAAAGCCUGCGGGACAAGAGGAGACAUCUGGCUGCAGCACAGACAGCCCUAAGGCAGUAUCAGGAGGAGGUGAGGGGGGAGAUAGUGGCAAUGCAACAGGGACAGAGGAGAUGCAACAGCCUGAUGACGGAAGCUCUCUUGCUUCCACGCUUAACAAAUUAAAGAUGAUGAUGAAAAAGGAGGAAGGAUAUGCCGGACAGGAGCCUCAGUACUAUCACUACAUACCUCCUGCUCACUGCCGGGUGAAGCCUCACUUCCAGUUUUUGCUGUUCAUGAAGGCGACUGAUCAGUGCCAGGUCAAAGAUGAUGAUGACGAUGAUGAAGAAGAAGAAGAUGAUGAUGAGACAGAUGAAGAAGAUGAUGAGGAGGAAAUACAAGAAGAGAAAAAUGUUCAAGAUAGUCCCGAACAGAUAGAAUCCAGUAUUACAGAAUGUAAGUCGGAAAAUGACCAAGGUAGUGUCACGUCAACCCUUAUUGUAGAGCAAACUCCUCCUUCACCGAAAGUGAAGAUGGAGGAUGUCUCUCUAUGUGCAGAAUCAGUUUCCACAGUACUGUCUUCACCCACUGAAAAACCAGAAAGCAUACAGGAUUCCCUGGAUUCCAACUUGGGCCCUAAAGUACCCACUGGUCCCUUCUUCCCAGUUCUUAGCAAAGAUGAAAGCACUACCCUGCAGUGGCCCUCUGAGCUUCUUGAAUUUACUAAAUCUCAGCCUUCUCUUUCUUAUAGCUGUAAUCCCCUCUACUUUGACUUCAAGUUGUCUCGCAACAAAGGAGCACGUGGUGGGAAAAUGGCAAAGUCCCCUAAACCCUGUGAAGAGGCUGAUGACAAGGGGCAACAGGUAGCAGCCUCAACAGAUGUAACUACUACACCGGGGACCAGCACUGAAAAGCCUGUGAUAAAAGGUGAGCUUGGCCAGUCAGAAGUUGAUGAACAAAAGCCUCCAAGUGGCAACAGUAGUGCCAAGAAAAAAAAGAAAAAGAAGAAACACAAGAAGUCUGCAAAGCACUCGAAACGCAAAGGUAAAGAGAAAGGAGCAGCAGACGAGGCGGAGGGCGACGCAGAAGUAACACAGGAAAAACCCAAGAAGAAGAAAAAACACAAAAGGAAGAAGAGCAAAAACAAGGCUCGAGAUCAACACGAGGCAACAGGUGACGCAAAGGAGAAAGUCAAACCAAAGUCAGACGAUAAAUCCUCCUCGGUUCACAUAAGCACUGGAGGAGGAGGAGCUACAGCGAUUGCAGGGGUAGAGCUGGGGAAGAGGAAACGUCCUACGAAGGAAGUGCCUAGCAAGCCUGGAGCCGAGGACGGGGGAGCAGGAAAGGCUACGGACAAGACCAACUCAUCAGAGGAGCACGGUGGCACCAAGCGACAGAAGACGGACUCCUCUGCACCUCAAAGUGCCUCCUGUUCCACCUCGGCCCAAAAGAGCCCCGGCCCUGGCAGACCUCCCAGCAGUGAAAGCGAGGACGAAGGAGGCUCGAACACCCACCGCUCACGGCACCACAGGUCGAGUCCACGAGAACAGCGCCACCACCACAGCGAGGAAUCGGGCCGGUCCUGUAGUCGCUCAUCGAGACGGGGCGAAAGACGGGGCAGCAGCCGCCGGCGCCAUCGCGGCCAAACCUCCCACAGUCAUUCGUACUCUAGCAGCUCGGAGCGCUCUUCGGCCGGCAGCAGCGCCUACAGCCACCGCAGCCGCAGCUACUCGGACAGCUACAGCGACUACAGCACAGAGGGCCGCAGACGGAGGCGCUCCAAGCGCUCGUCGGACUCCGAGUACGAGCGAAGGGGCAGCCGGAGCCGCAGGCGGUCCAGGCGACAUCAGUACUCGUCGUCGUCGUCGGAAGAGUCGCGCUCGCGCUCGCGGAGCUACAGCCGCCGAAAGAGGCACCGGCGGCACCACCGCAGCAGCUCCAGGAGCUCCAGCAGCUGGAGCCGCAGCACCAGCUCGCGCUCCUGGAGGCGCAGCUACAGCCGGAGCCACAGCUCCGCCAGUCGCUCCUCCAGUUCAACCAAGGGCUCCGCCCGCAGGCGAGGUGCCAGAACCCGAGGGGACAGCGAGACGCAUCGCAGAGACUUCAACCGCUCGCGCAUCUACCGCUCCCAGUCGCCGCGAUCGUCCUCAUCACGAGGCCUUAACCGCACCACCCAUUCGUCCAGCUCACAGACUCUGAGGCCGGGGUCCCGGGAUGCAGGAGAGCAGAAGAAUACCCUUACUGCACGGCAGCUGCUUGAAAAGAUUCAGUCUAAAAAGAGCUCUGAUGACUCUGCCACAGGAACAAAAUCUGGCAUCAAAAUUAAGGACCCACCUCAAGGCUACUUUGGUCCUAAACUACCCCCAGCGUUGGGAAAGCUACCUCUUUUUGGGAAGCUGCAGGCAGGGAAAAAACCCAUUAUUCCCCUAACCAGAUCUGAUGAGAGCGAGAAAUCAGGAGGAGGGAAAAGCUCCGAGGCUGAGGGGGAGAUUAUCCUAGUAGAACCUAUAAGGGAGUUCCCUCCUCCACCACCGCCUCCAGCCCCACCAGUGCAGAAGGUUGAGGAGGCCCCACAGAGCACAGUGGUGGUGGAGGAGGAGGAGCCACAGCAUCCAACCACAGAGACCCAGCUUCUUCAAGAAUCCCGGCCCCUGUUUGAGCAGGAAGCUUCAAUGAUGAUGCCCCAGUACCAAGGGGAAGCAGUGCAGGACCCUUCCCAGAACCCCAUGAUGGAGUCCCUCAUGCCAGAAAUGCAGCAGCAGCAGCCUGCCAUGCAUGCCUACCCCGGUUACCCACCGCCCACCAUGGAGGAAGACGGAAUGGAGCCAGAGGAGGAUGGCCUGGCUCCUCUGGAGAGUCAGCCAAUCACAUUCACACCAGAGGAGAUGGAGAAAUACAGCAAACUCCAACAGGCAGCACAGCAGCACAUCCAGCAGCAGCUGCUGGCCAAGCAGGUCAAGACUUUCCCCUCUGCGGCGGCGGCCGCAGCCGCUGCGGCAGCAGCCGCCAACCUGGCCCCUGCCCCUCCUCCACCAGCGCUGCAGCAGAUCCACAUUCAGCAGCCCACCGUGUCCGUAGCCUCUGGCACAUCGAUUACUACGGUGCAACAUGCCAUCCUUCAACACCAUGCCGCCACGGCUGCAGCCAUGGGCAUCCACCCCGCACACCCCCACCACCCCCAUCCUGCACACGCCCAGUUGGCCCAGGUGCACCACAUUCCCCAGCAUCACCUCACGCCCAUCUCCCUGUCUCCUUUGGGGCCUUCCCUUGGCCAUUCUUUGGGACACUCACUGGGACAUGCUGGACUGAUUCCUGCCCACCCAACAGCCUUUCUCUCCGGUCAGCCUAUUCACAUUAUCCCAGCUUCUGCACUUCACCACACCCCAUUAGCGCUUCACCACGUCCCCCACGCUGCUCUCUACCCAACCCUCUUCACACCUCGGCCCUCGCAGGCUGCUGCAGCAGCAGCUCUGCAGCUCCACCCGCUCCUACACCCCAUCUUCUCAGGGCAGGACCUUCAGCACCCACCGAAUCACGGCUCAUGAGUAAUGCAUGUGAAGGCCAUUAUUCAGAGCACUGGAAGAUAGGCGUAACCUGCACUGACUUGGUUCAGGAUUUUACACGGCGUCUCUGUGACAACACACAGGCAGUGAGACAGGAAGCUUUUCAACAGCCAUCUUAUUGGCCUACAUAGUGCAGCAAGGUGUAGCCACAAAGUGGUGCUGCCUGUGUUGGGUUAAAAUGUGACACUAACAUUUUCUUCUAGCUAAUGUGAGCUUUUUUUAUGACAGGGUGUAAAUUGGAAGAGAUGUCCUCAAAAAAUGGUUUAUGUUUCAUCUUGUUGUGUAUUAACAGAAUGUUUGAAUGACAAAUCAGAUCAACCACUGGAGCUUUUUUGUUACACAUAAGUAUAUUCCAGCAGUUUUUGUCUUUUGGCAGCCAGAAUGAUGUAAAAACUCAAACUAAAGGCAGAAUCAUGACCGGAAAUAGGUAAUGACUCUAACACCAUCACUCUAGACGCAGACAGCUUUGACUCUGUAAUGUAACCUUCAGAUGGACUAUGUCAAUUACUGAUGACUACUUGCCCUUUUGUUGAAUUCUUGGUUUAAAUAUGAUUUGUAAUGCAGUUCCUUGUACAUAUAUCAGUGUGUAAUGUGAAGAAUAACGCCAAUGAUGACUAUAUACGUUUAACAGCUGUGGUGUCAGUAUGACGCUGUCACUUAGGAACCUUUCUGUAACUGAGAAGAAAGGAUGCAGCAGUUUUAACAUCCUUAAUGCUCUGAGGCAAAGUUCCCUGUGUUGAGGGUACAUCUUAUUGAAUUGCACUGAAAUCUGUACAUCACGAUGAUGCUCUGGCAUCGUGUAACAAAUAAGAUUGUAGUAUACUGCAAUAAUGGUAUUUUUGUUUUUAAAUUAUUUUUCAAAGUGCCCUUCACAAGAAGGACGGUGUUUUUUGCUUUUGUGUAAGUUUGUAAAUAAAACUGCUGUAGAUUAACCGAUUAACACACUAGGGGUUUGAGACUGCUGAUGAAAAAAAACGCAGUACGACGACUUUAAUAAACGACGGUGUACGAUUUUUAUCGAGGUUGUUUCUAAACGAUCUCAGCUGAGACGGGCUGGGACGGCGAAGGGUAGUAAUCUGUCAAACAGUAGCAACUCUGUAUUUUUAAAGACUUACUCUCGUUUCAGCAAAUAAAACCUUGAGUUCA